CUGGCGGAGGACGAGGGCGGAGGUGGGAAGUUGGGCUGGGUGAAGCUUGCUGAGGCAUGUCGUCGGCGCGGGCAGGGCAAGGGCCGCCGAAAGGGCUUGGCACCCCGGCUCGCACGCAGACGCGUCGCGGUGUCAUUCCCCCCAUUAUCGCCAGACUGGGACGCACUCAUUGUACUAUCAACCCUCGAACUGCGAGCGCGCCGCUGGAUACCUUUUAGACGUCCGUACGAUGCCCCCGGCACCAGAUGGCAGAAUCUACUCGGCGACGUACAGUAAUGUCCCCGUCUACGAGUUCAAUGUCGGCGGAAACCAUGUAAUGCGCCGCCGCGCCGACGACUGGAUCAACGCAACGCAUAUUCUCAAAGUCGCUGAUUUCGAUAAACCCGCACGCACCCGCAUUCUCGAGCGCGAAGUCCAGAAGGGCAUUCACGAGAAGGUUCAGGGCGGGUACGGAAAAUACCAGGGAACAUGGGUGCCGCUUCAUGAGGGCCGCAUGCUCGCCGAGCGCAACGGCGUGCUGGACAAGCUGGCUCCCAUACUCGACUUCAUACCCGGAGAUCGCAGCCCACCACCCGCUCCGAAGCACGCAACCGCUGCAUCCAGCCGACCCAAACCUGCGCGAGCUGCUGCCGCGCCUGCGAGGAGGACUACCAAUGCCUUCAUGGCCAACUCGCAGUCACAAGUCAGCGAAGACCACUACGACGACUCUCAGCGGCACUCGCAGCUCUACCGGGAUGGCACGCCCGACAACGAGACGGUCAUAUCAGAGUCGAUGUUGGGUGACCAGGACAUGAUGGACGCCUCGCAGUACUCGACAGGCAGCCGCAAACGCAAGCGGGGCUCCGACCACAUGUCUCUGCAGGAUCAGCAGCAUCAGAUCUGGGCGGAUGCCCUGCUCGACUACUUUGUUCUCCUAGACUCAAAAAGCAGUUUCGUCGCUCCGCCCGAGCCGCCGCCCAACGUCAACCUCGAUCGAGCUAUCGAUGAAAAGGGACAUUCCGCGAUGCAUUGGGCAGCUGCCAUGGGUGAUGUGGAAGUGGUGAAGGAGUUGAUCAGGAGGGGUGCGCGGACCGACUGCGUCUCCAACAACCUGGAGACGCCUCUGAUGCGCGCAGUCAUGUUCACGAACAACUACGAUAAGCAGACCAUGCCGAGCAUGGUUAAGAUUCUGCAAUCUACCGUGGUACGGACCGACUGGUUCGGCAGUACCGUCUUCCAUCACAUCGCAGCAACGACGAGCAGCUCUAACAAGUUGGUGUGUGCGAGGUACUAUCUGGACUGCAUCAUCAACAAGCUUUUAGAGACAUGGAAGUCGGAUGAGGUGGUCAGGCUGUUGGACAUGCAGGACAAGAACGGCGACACGGCGCUGCACAUUGCGGCCCGCAACGGAGCCAGGAAAUGCGUGCGGGCGUUGUUGGGUCGCAGCGUCAACACGAACAUUGUCAACAACAAGGGGGAGACGGCCGAUGAUCUGCUUCGCAUGAUGAACACGCACCGGCGGACGGGGGCGCUACAUCGCCAGGCAUCGUCGUCGCCAUUUGCGCCGCCUCCUGAGCGCAUCAAUGGACAUGGCUUGUUCGAGAACGGAGCCGGACCACUUGCACCGCUGCCCUUCUCCGCACUUAGGACGCAGGAACCCACUCAAUACCGGUCGCAGACAGCAUCGCUCCUGAUGAACAAAGUAGCGCCGAAAUUGCUGGAGAAGUGCGAAGAGCUAGCGAUGGCAUACGAAGCAGAGCUGCAAGAGAAGGAAGCGGAGUCGCUAGACGCGGAGCGUGUUGUCAAGAGGCGGGAAGCCGAACUUGCGGCGAUACGGAAACAGACGGCGGAGCUGCUGGAAGCGAGUAAUGGGAUGCACAUGGAUUUGAAUGACGACGAGGUGGAUAGGGCACAAGAGAAGGAGCUGAGAGCGCUCGUGGAGGAAGCGGAAUCUCUGUUGGAGAUUGAACAGAAGGUCGAACUACGGAGAUUAUGUACAGCGACGCCACAACACCACCCGUCGUCCUCGUCAUCGGUAGACCUGGCGGAGAAGAUGCGGUUAAGCCUACUGUUGCACAAGGCGCAGAUGGAACGCAGAGAGCUGGUGAGGGAGGUUGUGGCCAACCUGUCUGUGGCGGGCAUGAGCGAGAAGCAAGGCGUGUACAAGAGCCUCAUCUCCAAGGCAAUAGGGGAGAAAGAAGAAGACGUCGAAGCCAUGCUGCCCGAGAUUUUGAGGGAACUGGAAGAGGCGGAAACGCAGGAGCGCGCCGAAGGGUUGGAGGGCAGCCCGUGAUGAUAUUUUUGAUACCCGGCUUUCUCAGUCCUUUUCUAUUCUUGUUUUCGAAAGUCAACGUUUCUUGCUUGCGUAUGAGUUAUACGAGUCUUCCAAGGGUAUUAUGAGUAUCUAUCAUGGCUGCGCAUUCACGUGUAAACGUAUUUCUUACCUAGUUAUCUACAUGUACUGUACUUGUCAAGAGGGGGGAAUGGUGGCCGAGGAGUGGUCACAUGUCGGAUUUGUCUAUGUGCACCGUCACGAGUGUUAUUAGUGCAUGAGAGGGGUCAGAUGGUCGUGGAGCAGUGG